AUGCGUGCACUAUCUCGAUCAACAUUUCGCUUGUUGCUCAUCAUAUCUUCCUUUCGAGAUAUUCUUGCUGACGAGUUCACCUCAACGUCUGCUUUGGCAAAUUGUGGCCCUAACACAGCCAUUAGUGUGACGUACUUCGAUGCCAAAUUGACACGGUCUGGAACCAUGGACAUCGCUUUUACUCUCUAUCUCGACAUAUCAGGGAAUGUCCCGCCUGUGGUGCUGUUAGUGAUCGACCCCGUAUUUCUCACAAGCCAGCGCCAGGAACCACACGUCCACGGGCGUAACUUCGCUGGUGGUCACCUCACCGAGAGUGUGGUGGAGCUGACGCAGGAGGAUUUCCAUCGCCUUCAGAUUGUCGGUCUGAGCGUGAUGUACGACACGUUUCCCGAUCUGGCAGACGCCGCGACUGCACUCAGCUUCCUGAACGACCAGGAGCUUCAGGUCGGGUGA